UAUUAUGGAGAAAUAACUAUCGGCGAGCCUCCACAGCCAUUUAAUGUUGUGUUCGACACAGGAAGUUCAGAUUUAUGGGUAAUAGCAGAGGAAUGCAUAACGGAAACUGCAUGCCAUAACCAUCGUCGAUUCAUUAGCAGUUCGUCUAAAACCUUGGUCACCAGUGACGACUCUUUCCAAAUACAAUAUGGAAGUGGAGCAGUUGCAGGAGAAAUCGGAUACGAUACAGUGACACUCUCCGGAAUGCAGCUACGAAAUCAAACAUUUGCUAUGGCAUCGACUGUGUCAGAACAAUUUGCGAUAUCCCCCUUUGAUGGAAUAUUAGGUCUAGGAUUUUCUUCCAUUAGUACAUCAGGAGAACAAACACCGAUUCAAAACAUGAUUGCCAAUAACCUAUUGGACGAACCGUUAUUUGCCAUCUAUGCAACCGAGAAAGGUGGAGAGAUCGAUUUCGGGGCCAUCGAUCAAUCUCGACUCCAAGGUGGCGAGGUGGUGUACAGCCCGGUAAUAGAGAAAGGCUACUGGACUAUCGAGAUGGAACAAUUCGGCAUCAACAACGAGAGAGUUGGAGACAGCAGACGGGUGGUGGUGGAUACUGGCACAAGUCUCAUCGUUGCACCAGUGGUAGACGCAGAGGCCAUCCAUGAGUUGAUCCCUGGAGCGGUUGCCAUUGGUGACUCUACUUAUACCAUACCCUGUUCGCUUAAAACCUCGGAUAUCGAGGUCCAGUUUAAGAUCAGCGGAAAUGUUUUCAGACUAAAAGCAUCAGAUUUUAUAAUGCGUCCUAUUGAUACCAAGAGGGUGAUGUGCCAAUCCGGUAUUUCUGCUCUAGACUUCAACCAAAAUGUCCCAACAUGGGUUUUCGGUGAUGUGUUCUUCCGCAAGUAUUACACGAUAUUUGAUAUUGGACGCUCUCGUGUAGGAUUCGCACUCGGUGGGCCGGGAAAAUGA